AUGGAGCCUUCUCCCCUUUCUUCGUUUCCCGGCUCCGGCGGAACUACUCAGUGGAGCCAGCUACUGCAGAAGAAGGCACCGCGGGAGAAUGAUGAACCCGUUUCAUGUCGCUUGUUCGGGAACUGCGGAUCGAGCGAAGGUGUUUCCCUGGCAGUUCUCGAUGCCAGUGCCAUCGUCCAGGGGGACAAAAUGUCAAGCACCGCUGACCGGUUUGUGACCGUUCGUGAAGUGCUGGAGGAGGUGAGAGAUCCCACCUCCCGCCAGAGGCUCUCUUUUCUGCCAUUCACGAUUGAAACCAUGGAGCCCGCCCCCGAUGCCAUAAAGAAAGGUGAGCUUUUUCCGGAUAUAACUGACUAUAAUCAAAGGGGACCGCUUAAAUAUGAAUUAUGAACGCUUUCCUGUUGAUUGUCUUAUAGUCAAAGUUUUUUUUUUCUGACGUGUAUAUUAUCGUUGCAUCGUUCUAUUUCUUUCUGUAUUUACUAUCCGCUGCUAUAAUCAAAUUGGGCCAGUAAUGUGGUUCGAAAUGAGCAUUCUUUUUUGUUGUAUUACAGACGAACAUAAAUUUGCACACAUUACGCAUUAUUGAUGCUCGGAGUUUUUUAGUCACAUGUGAAAUUUUGUGGACUAAUGAAAGUAUGUUCAUUUUUAUUUUGGUUUGCAGUUGUCAAGUUUGCAAGAGAAACUGGGGACUUACAGACGCUAUCAGAUGUCGAUAUCAAACUCAUUGCUCUUACUUAUAUGUUAGAAGCACAGAUACACGGCACAGAUCACCUUAAAAGCGUUCCCCCUCCCAUCCAAAUGGUGAAUCUGAAAUCCUUACCGGAAUCAGAGAUGCCUGGUUGGGGUUCAAACGUGCCUAAUCUGGAAGAAUGGGAAGCUCUUGAACAGGCAGAAAACGAGUCAAAUAAUGGAUCUAGAAUUCUCCCACUAAAGGAUCUGAACUUAAAUGUCACUCAUGUGAACGAAGAUGCCAGAAAACUUGAGAAGGAAGCGGAACAUCUGUCCUCUCCAAAUACACAGAGGGUUUCUUCUCAUCAGAAAGAAAUGAGAAUUGGGAAUAAGAUGGUAGUUGAUGGAAUUGAUGCUUCUCAUGGGGAAGAUACGGAUAAUGCUGAUGACUGGCAGCCUGCUGUUAGCCGGGCCGCACAGAGGAGAUAUUUAAGAAGAAAAGCAAGAUUUGAACCAUUUGAUGCAUCGGAUGACAGUUUGCUGGGCUGUACAGAGGCAGAUGAGCCUGGGGCAGUGCACACCGCGCAAGAAGUGGAAACAAGUAGGGAGUGUGUUCUAUCAAAUGGAUUAGAGCAUAUGUCAUUGGAAGAUGAAGGUCCUGAUGCUUCUGUUAGACCUGGCCCAGGAGAUGACGAGGGGUUAGGUAUGACGGAUAAGGCUGAUGUUGAAAAUUACCACGACAGAAGGAUUGAGAUCCCCAGUGAGACUGAUGGAAGCAUUAAUGCGCCUCAGGGAUGUAGUCCAACAGAGCCGAGCUGUGUUCCACAAUCCCUCUCCAAUUCGACUGUGGCUUGUGUUACUGGGGAUUUUGCAAUGCAAAACGUUAUUCUACAGAUGGGUCUGCGACUACUGGCACCAAGUGGAAUGCAGAUACGUCAGUUGCAUAGGUACGUUAUGCUAUGUUUAGCUUUCGUGGGUUAAUAAUUGUAAUGGUUUAAUCUUCUUUUCAUGUUUCAUUAAUGAAGGAGAUUCUUCAAGACUUUGAGACCGACUGAAUUUUAUGAUGCGAUGUAGUGCAUAAAUAAGUUCUAUCUUUGCACUGGAAUUUUUUCAAGUGUAUUUACAUAAAAGGUUCAAUGCUCAUUUGGUGGAUUGGUUUCCUAAAUAUUUUUUUCAUUUCAGGUGGGUAUUAAAAUGUCACGCCUGCAAUAAAGUGACAUCUGAAAUAGGGAGAUUAUUCUGUCCCAAAUGUGGUAAUGGGGGCACCUUGCGCAAAGUAUCAGUUACAGUGGGUGAAAAUGGACUAAUUCUGGCGUCACGUCGACCCCGCGUCAACCUUCGUGGAACCAAAGUACGUCAAAAAGUUAUUAUUAUUCCCUUAUUUUCACACUCUUUCUCUUUUGUUUGUCAUGCCAUUGAUAAUAUUUUUUUACUGAUAUUAUACUUUGUUGAAUGUAUUUUUGCAACUAUGGACCUCUGGGAACUGGGAUAGUUUUUCAUUACUUGAUGUAUGAGGACAAUUAUAUAUGAGGACCAUCAUUGUGUCAGGUUACUUAUUCUGUUUCAAUUCUUAAUGAAUAGUCAUCUGUUUUCCCCUGGUUUCUUUAGCCUCUUUCAAACUUUGUUUGUGCACUUAGGAAAUGCAUGGACAACUGAUGAGGACGCAUCGGUCUUCCCACUGAUUAUCUCAUAUAUAUAUAUAUAUUUAUUUAUUUUUCUUGAUGUUUAAAGCUCUCAAUUUACGUUGGACCAAAGUCUCUAAAGGGGAAUGGGUACGAUCCACAUCAAUUAUAUUUUGAAAAAUGAUCCUGGAAGGUGUGCUACUCUUUGAAAAAGAAACUUUUACCUUCGAAAAAUAAAAUAAAUCCAGCGGUUAUUUGGGUAGUUCCUAGCAAAAGAAGGGGUGGGUCAGAAACUGGGGGCUGGCUCGUUCUUGCAUGAGAAAAAAUGCACCGUAUCAUGUUCAUCCGAAGCAUUGGUGAAGCAUACAGAUAUAGAACAAAUUUCUGUCUGGUUGAUCUCUUGUUACUCUGGAAGACCCUUGUCGAGCAGCCUCCAACGCCUAACGUUUUUUCUGGUGUACUCAAGGGAGGGCUUUUUCCAGUAUAAUCGCAUACUGCCCCACCUCACAGAAUUUGAUGAUCUUCUUGGUCACUUCGCCUUCCGCUUGUCUUCUCCACAUCAUCAAAUUUAAAAUUAUGAUUCGUUGAUAACGUGUUUCAUUGUUGUACAGUUUUCAAUCCCUCUGCCUCAAGGUGGAAGAGACGGCAUCUCUAAGAACCUCGUCUUGCGUGAGGAUCAGAUCCCGCGCAAGCUUCUCUACCCAAAAGGGAAGAAGAAAAAUAACAAACAGGUAAUUAUUCACUUCUCUUCGUCUUCCCUUUUUUCUAUUUUUUUUUUAUCCUUCUCCCAACUGUCCCAUCUCUCUGACCUCCAUGUUGACUUUUUCUUUCAGGAUAAGGACGGCUUCGGUGCCGAGGACAUAUUCUCGCAUGCAUCCGAGAGAAAAGCUCCGUUGAAGCCUCCGGUGGGGAAGGCCGUCUUGGUCUUCACGGGGAAAAGAAAUCCGAAUGACAAUCACUUCUCUCGUCGGCAUUAG